AUCAGUUGUAUGAACCGUUAGCGGAGCAGCUAACAGCAGCAGCAGCUCCUCACCAGGCCCAGCGGCCGGCCGGUGCAUCCUCCUCAGCCUCCAGCCAUGGCGUUGGUUACUCUGCAGCGGUCCCCGACCCCGAGUGCCGCAUCCACCGCCAGCACAGCAACGACAGCAGCGGGGGAGGUCAGUCUCGGGUCUUUUCGGUGGGCUCAAACGGAGCCCCGGUGUAGUGAGUGUCGGCGGAGAGAGGCUGAGGGUGUGGGAGAUGUGACCGUUGGAAGGGCCGUAGAUGGAGGCUAAACUAGCACCGUCGGUACCGUGUUGUGCUAGCUAACAGCGGCGAGCUAACCGUCUUCGUUCCUGAUAACCACAUAUUUUCUAACAAUAUUCAUGACAAUACUGCUGAUAGAGCCGUCGUUUAGGAGUGUAAUUAAACUAAGAAAAAUAUUAAUGUAUAUUUUGGGGGGGAAUUUAAGGGAGCUAGUUGAACGUAGCAAGUGCCUUAUGAAUGAUAUUGGCUGGAGCUAACAUUAGCAAUUUUAUGAUAUGACUGACUGUCAUUGAGUAAUAGCUUUGUUCCCCUAAAGAGAUUUAUAAUAACAGAUACAGAGAGUGUUUCUAUAAAGGUUAUAAUAUUCCUCCACUGACAGAUACUCCAGCAAAGAUAGGACACAUAACCAGAAUACUGCAUCCUUAUGGGAAAAUAUUCAACUUUAUAAUAUGUUAACAUGUUCCUCUAAUAAUAUGGGUUCAUCGUUAAGCUCUACUACUCAAGCAAAGGUUUCAUGAUUGACUAAAACACAAAACUAAAAUCCCUGGAAGAUAAUUUCCUUUGCAAUUUUUUAGGUGAAAAUGUUUUUGCUCACUGCCAGCUGGGGGCGCUAAUCACCAGUCAUAAACGGAGGAGAUCAUCCUCUACUGCUCUGUAUGACUUUAUCAAUGAAACAAAGUUGUAAUAUCCUCAUAUAUGUGUGCAACCACCUGCUCUGACAUUGGUUUGAUUCAGGCAAAAUUGGGGGAAACACUUUGUUUUUCCACAGCACUUUCAAAACUCAGUGAGUUUAAUGUCAAGUCUACGUUUAAAUGUCAAAUGGAUUACUAAAGGAUUUGUUUUCUUGUUGGUUUGGCUGUUGUUUUUCUUCUGGUCUUUGCUGCUGUUGGUGUCGUAGUCCAGAUGGGUGGUGAGGUGUGACAGAUAAUGCUGGCAGGGAGCUGCUGCAGCUAUGAUGUCAUCUACUCAUGAGGGGUGGGUGGUGGGUGAGUGGGGUGGAGGAGCACUACUGUAGGAGAGAGAGAGUAAGAGUGAACAGUGGUAAACAGAUUUGGUAGGAGCUGGCAUGAGGCCGUUUAUGCGUGAGAUUAGCCUAAUAACACUAUAAUGCAGAGUUGGUCCAAUGUCACAUGCUUUCCUCGCAGACUGAUUUAAGUCCAUCCAGACCCAGUCGCUUUCGCUGUUUCUCCUAAUGUAAUAUAAUCGUUCUUGUAAUCCUUUGAAUAUAUUUGACAUGCUGCAGCUAUUCUUUUGCAAAUACACAAGUCUCCAAUCCUGGAAAUAAUAAUCUUGUUUUAGUGGCAGUGAUGGAGUUUAUUUAAUAGUCUUUUAUUUGUUUCUUUGGCUUCUCCUUUAUAUAUGAAAAUAUUUGUUUUUGAGUCUCAACAGGAGUGUAAUACUGGUUUACCUUUUGUCACUGUUACUUUUAGAACGUAUAAGUAGUUUCUCUUUGUAAUAUUAAGAAAUCAUGCACCGAUAAAUCCGUCGGCCGAUCGAUCUGCGCGGAUUUCCUCAAUUUUGGGGGAUCGGUGAUCCGCUGAUCCUUACAUAUGAAACCGAUUUUAUCCACCAAUCUUAUCUACCUCAGCAAAGGUCUGAAAGUCAGCCGUUGUAGCACAACAGUCAUGUCCGGAGCAUGAUCAACUAAGCAUGUUGAACCCACGACAAGGAAACCUAAAACUCCUUUAUUUGUAAAAGCAAAAUACUGCUGUGCGCUUUAUUUUAGUGAGAGGCUCAAAACAGGCCUGCAGUGUGACCUGUUGAACAAGUAUUGUUAAUUUUUAAAAUGUGGAAAGUGAAAGACUAAAGGAACUGAUAUAAUUUAGUAGUUUUGACAGCGAUACUCUAAACUUUUCAUUUAUAUUUGAGAGAACUACCUCAUGUGCAGUUAAAACAAACACAAAAAGGUUUGUAUUGUUCUACAAGUAUUGUUUAAUGUUUUUCAUUAAAAUAAGAUUGGAGUAGAGGAGGUGUAUGUUGUCAGUUAUUGAAAAAAAUCGGUAUCGGCAGGUCAAGCUUUUUAAAGAUCAGUGAUCGACCAGGAAAUUGUGAUUGGUGCACCUCAAUCGUUUAAGUUUAUUAUGAAACAUUUACAUUUCAUGUAGCGAAUGUGGAGUUUCUCAAAAAUGGUCAAAGAAGAAUCACUGAUUAGAAAACCUUGAUGAUGAUUGAUCAGACAUUUUGUAGAGUCCCACCAUUAAAAAAAUCACAAAGAUUAAAGCUGUCACAUCCCCUGUUUGGUUGUCAAACUACAUGACAAAUCCUCCUUACAUGGUCCUGCAUCAACUGUCGUCCCGUAUUAUUCUCAGUUGUUUUGUCAGAAAUAGGCCUCACUUAUAUAACGUGGCGUUCUCAUUUUGAACUAAAUGAAGAGGUAGUUUGAGGCGAUGCCUCUGACUAUGAUUGAUGCAGUGCGUGUUGGCUUGUGUUAAAAACUUUUGCACAGUUCAUUGGUUCCCAUUAUACCCAUGCCAUGUAGUUGCUUGUCAGGUAAUUUGUACCAGACUGUACUUUCUGCUAAACCGUCAGGCUGGUUUUAGUACGCUCACUUGUUUAGGUGAGAAACGUUCAAGUCUUGUCUGUUCUGCUCUGUGCUUUAAGAUCUCCUCAGGCUCCUCAGAUUUAAUGCAUAAUACACACCUGCUUUACAGCGACUUCACUGGUAUUUGCUUGGAGCAAAGUUUUGACAGCAGUGUAAGAAUGUAAAGACCAAAUUAAACUUUAAUUGGAGCAUACUGUCUGACUGAUAUUGAAGUCAAGCUGCACCCCUGUGUAUCUACAAAAUGUGUUUAAUGUUACAUGAGAGAGCCUAGUUUUACUCAAUAAUGAGUAAGAAGUGUUUUACAAAACAUAUACAGUUUUCCCACGGGUUAUUUAGCAAGAAGUGUUGAUAAAAAAAGAAGUGAAAUUGUAGUGUGAAAGUAUAUAGCUUGUUGAAAUGUUUCAUAAUCAUGUCAGAGUUUGUUGGAUGUGGUAUUCAUUCUCCCUUAUCUUCUUUUGCAGGAUUUCGGGAGUGAAGAUGAACGGCGAAUAAAUCAGAGGUGAGUUUACUGAAAUUUUACACACAGUGUUUUUUCCACUCGUUGGCUGAAUCUCAGAGCCACGUGGUGGAACGUGGAGCGGAGAAGCUGGCAGCAAUAAACGAGGACUCCAACAGUCAGUGCGAUGAAACAUCUGUUUGUCUGACUUGUUGGUAGAGUCAUCGAGUCUAAAUAAGAAACAACAAAACAUUGUAUUUCCCCAGUAGUCUGUCAAGAAAAUGUGUUGACAGCUGUGUCUGCAUUUAAAGCAAAUCUUAGACUGAUGAGACUAUUCUUGAACUGUGCAUCAGCAGGUGAGUCACGUUGUCUUUCCACCGUGGGCUGAAGACUUUAGUCGUUUACUUACUAGAAAUAUCAAAUACUUCCUCACUGCAGCUUUAACAAUAAAAGUUUACAGUUUUGUAAACAUUCAUUUUGUCCUGUUAAACAGUGGAGGGGAAAUAUUCACAUUUAUACCUGUGGUUGGACAGUUGUUGUUUCUAUCUUGAUGAGCUUGGAUAUUAAAAAUUUAAUAUUUUAACUUUAUUUCAGUUCCUACAGGAAUACGUAAAGAUUGAAAGUGGGGUCAUGGAGAAAAAACUUAGACAGCUGUCGGCAUACCUGUCUGAUACAGUGAUUUAUUGUGCGUUAGUCAGCUUACAUACAGGUAUUGGCAGGUAGGCAAACCAGUAAAUGGAAACGGGUACAGAUGUAGGCGGGCGGGAGGCAGACAUGCAGGACUCUGAACAGAGAACUCUGAAAGCAAAACACGAAGCAAGACAACAACAAAGUUCACAGUAAGAAACAUGCACACUUUAAAUAAUAAUAGACACAGCCACAGUGACGUCACCCGUGAAUCACUUCUUUUAGAAAUCAUGAGUUUGGCAUCUUGUUACCACCUUGUUGGUUUUCUUAAACCAGAGGAUGGAAGAGGAACAGGAGGUUCUCAAGCUAUACAAAAAUGAGAUUAUGUUUGUAACGGCUGUUGACUGUAGUUGUUUGGGCUCAAAACAAAGAAGCGUAAAUCUAGUCAAAUACAGUGAACUCGUAGCAGACACAUCUCUGGGCUGUGAGUGGGGGGCAGGUGCACUGACUGCCAACAAUCAGUGUGCAUGACACACUAACAGUUAGCAUGCCAUCUUUAGAGACUGCAGAUACAGCUAUUUAGAGCUGAGAUGUAAGAACAACAAUACAACAUUUUUUGUAGAAACUGAAUUACAUGUCCAGAGAUCAAGAAAGAUGUUUCGACACUCAGUGGCAGCAGCUGGCAGCACCCACUCAUCUUUAAAAACCACUCCACCUUUAAACGUGCGCAACUUUUAACCACACUAUUGUGUCAUUUGGUGUUCCCCAAAGCUUCAUAAGACCUGUUCUGUCCACCACCAUGGAGAAAUCCAUCAAACUAUCAGUGUUGUAAAGAAACCAGAAAGUUAAAUCAACAUUAUCAUGCAGGGAAUCCCAGAGUUUUAUCUACUCGCUGCUCUAACUCAUAACUUGGUAUCAAAAUAGUCGUAAAUUAGUAUCAUUUAUUUCCUACGCCACCCAACCACCAUAACUACAGUCUGUGCCGAGCAGUUUUUAUUAUGCAAACAAAACUUUCUCAGCCUGGAAGUCUUUCUCUUUUUCUUCCCAACGAUGCAGUAAGGCCAGGGAACCGAUUUAAAGUAGAUCAUUUCCAGGAAACCACUUGACUCAAGUGCUUUAAAUGUUUUUUUUCUGCGUUUGAUUUUAGUACUACUUAUAACUUCAUUAUAUUUGGGCAAAAGAGAAGUGCUUUUGUAAUUGUGACAGACUGACUCAGUUGGGUUUAAGCCUGACAGAGUCGGUCCUCUAUGGAAAACUGCAGCCAAGUCCCCGAGGCACUUAAAGUUAUGAGAUCCUCUCCAGUAGAAAGAACAGACACAUGCUUUUAUUAUGUAACGUCAUGAGCUCACAGCAAAUAUAACACAACCUAUACAUUGUUGACAAUUUUAGCUUCAAGCUGCUGUCGGAAAGCUUUCUGUUAAGAGGUUAUCUUCACAUAGUGAGCCUUUAAUCUUGAGAUUAAAGUCAGUUGACUACAUGCUACUGUAUGUAGAAGGUUUGGUUUGUAGCAGCUUCAUUUAAAGUCUGCUCUACAGGUGUGUGUGUUUUAAUACUGACUGCUCUGUCUGACAUUGGGAACACACAUUCUUCCGUUUGAGCUGCACUGUGCUUCAGGAAUUGGAUAACAAGUAUCUUAUUGUGGUCCAGCUGCAGCGAGGCUGUUUACCCCAGAGAUUUAAAUUCAGUUUGGAUCGGAUCACAACAAAAAGCUUUUUUUUUUUUUUGCCCCAUUCAUAAUAUCCACUCGUCCUUACAAUGUGAAUCAUGACUGAAGGGGGUCUUUAUGUGUCAUUCAAAAAUUACAGAACCUUCUGUUCCAAUACGAGUACACAGUCAUGUUUAAAAAUAUGGAGUCAGGACAGCCUGUACAACAACACAUGUACACAACACAUUAAUCAGAAAAUGGUUCAAAUAAAAAUGACAUAUAUAAACAGUGGGUUCCCAAAGUUCUGAUGUGAAAAAUGCUGAUAAAUAAAAGGGGAAUAACCUCCAGAGUCUGCAGCUUUAAUUGGUUGAGCCUCUUGAGUAUUUUAAGGCUUCCUAGCAUUAAAAAUGGACUAAAACUCUUUUUUUUUAUUCACUGCAUAAUAAUAAUUUUCCAGAUCUCUGUAGAAUAAGACCUGAGCUACAGGCUAACCCUAAAUGUUACAGCUGCUGGACCUCUUUGGAUUUAUGAAUUACAGAUAUACAAAAGUCAUCAGAGAUCGGCCAAAAUAGAACCGAGAGAUUUGCAAGUCCAAAUCAUAUCAUGUCUUGGUAGCCACAGAAUAAACGUUAAAACAUUUUUUUUUUUAAAUGAUGUAAAGGUUUCCCUUUCUCUUAGAUUUUCUGUCAUGAGAUUAGUUUUUUUUUUUUCUUGAAUUUGUAGUUCUGUGAACUCUGCUCCUGGGAAGUGGAGGAAUAUUUUUAAACAAGGUUUCUGCUGCAGGGUCUUAAAAAGUAUUAAAAUGUCUAAAAUCCAAUAAUUUGAAUUUUAAACUUCAUAAAAUGUCUAUAAUUCUCUUAAAACUUCAUAAAAUGUCUAGAAUACAAAUUAGUUACUUACAAAUUAAGAUUGAUUUGAAGUAAGUUUAAAAUGUUCAGAUUUCCCUUCAUGUCUUAAAUACUUUUUUGCUAGUAUGGAUGUAAAAUCUUAAAUUGUAUUCAUUAAAAAUUCUUAAAUUUGACUUGUUGAAACCUGCAGAAACCCUGGUUAAAAGGUUGAAGAGUCUUGACCUUCACGGGUCUGAAUUUGACAUUCAAAACUCUGCGUUCGUUUUAGUUAUACAACAGCUUCGACUCUGUCCUUAAGCAAUUCAUGCGUGUGAGUAUGAUCUAUCUCAAAUCCAAUCAUUUGAAUUUAAAGCCUUAAAAUGUCUAAAAUCCUCUUAAAACCUUGUAAAAUGUCUUGAAUACAACAUUGAAAGGUCUUAAAAUGCACUGGUUACUUACUAAUAAAGAUUAAUUUGAAGUUAGUUUCAGAUGUCCAGAUUUCACUUCAUGUCUUUUGUACUUUUUUUGCCAGUAUGGAUGUAAACAAAUCUUAAAUUGUAUUAAUUAUGGUCUUAGAAAGUCUUAAAUUUGACUUGUUGAAACCUGCAGAAACCCUGUUUAAAAGGUUGAAGAGUCUUGACCUUCACAGGACUGAAUUUGACAUUCAAAAGUCGGCGUUCGUUUUAGUUAUACAACAGCUUCGACUCUGUCCUUAAGCAAUUCAUGCGUGUGAGAAUGAUCUAUGGAUGAUGCAAGCUCUGUCUUGCCUCGAGAUUGCCUCCAUUUUUUGAGGGCUGGUAAUUCCCAUUAUGCAAUUCAACUGCGGGUGAAUCUCACUUUUACAACAUAAAACCAAGUUGUCGUGUAUUUUAUUCAUCAGGUGUAUUUCUCUUAAGAUCAGCAGCACUUAUCUUGCGCUCUGGACAAACAGCGCCGUGUUUUGAUGGAUAGCUAAACAGCUGCCAAGUGGGAGUAUUUGGUGUUCUCUGUACCCGACUGACCUUGAUAAUGACGAUGAGCCUAAAGGGUUGACGGAGGCCAGUGUAAACAUGGCGCAGGUGUUGCAGGCACAGAACCAAAGAAUGAUUUCAUCUUACCACCUUGUGCAUACAGUACAAAGUACAAUUAGGCAAGAAGCACCAGUAGAUGAAAAUAUGUGGGUUUGCAUAUGUUAGAGUGUUUGGAGUAAAAGGGGGAGGGAUUCAGCUCUGAAGAUAAGAUGAAGGAUUUACCGACGAUUACCUCCACAGAAAAAAAAAAUAUACAGGAACAUUCCUGCUUCUUACAGAGUCGCUUUAAACUCACUGCAACACUUUCUCACUUUAACAUCACACUUGUCAAGACUGGUAGUGAUUCAGAUGGUGUAAUAGGUCAAAAUGUUCCUCGUGGCUCUGAAUGGAGAAUAUGUUUGCAGUUAAAGCAUCAUUUCUUCUGCCUCUUUAUAGGGGUUUUUCCUCAGUUACACAAUGAUGUCAUUUGUCUCCGCUGACACCUGAGGAGAUUUAUUUCUCCUUGUUCUGUUAUGCUCUCUUCCUCUAUUUUCUACCCGCUUGUGUGUGUAAAUGAGAAAAUGCCAGUAUUAUGCAACUGGCAGACUCAAGAGGAGCCCCCUUUUUUUUUCUCGCUGUGCCGGUGUGUGAAGAACACUCUGAGGUCCUGAAUAAACUAUCCCGGUUACUGCGUCUGUGUAGAUAGUCUUAAAUGUAAUCCAGAGCACCUCUCUCUCACACGUACCGUUAUACCUGGUGAUUCAGUCCGUGGCUUAGAGGACAUCUGGUCUUGUCGGUCCAUCUGCUGCAGCAGCAAUCUAUACCUCACCUCUGCGACAUGUCAUCAUCUGUGCCUGCUGCUCUUAUAGCUAGACGUCAUGAGAUGAGGAUGAUCCUAAAUCCAUCAAGUUCCUCCACUUUACAUACAUCUGAAACCUUCAGUUUCACCUGGAAUGGGACUGAACCAGGUGUAUCUGGUUCAGUGUUUGAUCCCAACAAGUUGCAGCAGACUUAGUUGGUUUUUCUGGGAGAAUGGGAGGGCUAUCUUGUUAUCUGUGCUGCAGUGCCAUUGUUAAUGUCUGUCAGCAAAUCCUCCCAGAUUAACUGAGCUGCUUUAUAAGUGCACGUGUUAGGGUUCGAAUGCUAAGCUUAGAGAGAAAGUUUAAAGGAAAGUUGUCGCUCAUAUCAGCUUUUAAACCCCUAACAUAGACAAAUCUGUAUUCUCAAUUUUAGCAUUUUAUUAACUUCCUUUGCAAGAGUACAUUAGAUUAACAGUUUUGGAUCCAGAUUUUUGCAGGAAAAAAAUGAUCAAAUGUUGUCGCUAAUGAAUUUGACGUAAAUAAAAAAAGAAAUGCCCUCCAUAACCUGCCAUUAUACUCUCUAAUUAUCAAACUCUAUACAGUUUGUUUGCAGUACAGUACAGUGGAGUGAGUGACAGCAGCUGCUGGCCACUUGAAGAAGAGAGACAAGAUAAUCCCUCCCUUAUAAGCCCGAGUAUAAUGAGAUUUGGGAGGUUUUGGAAGAAUGCCAGCUCUCACUGUCCUCUCCUCCAAUGCUUGGCUCAUGUGUUAAGCUCCCUGGAGGCACUGUCUUGGAUUCUGUUGACCCUCAUUGUGGCAUGCACAUCGAGACGUCCUAUUAGGAUUCCUCUGUCUACUUUUUUUUGUCUCCUCCUGAUUGAGAAAGUGGUCCUGCUUUUUCCCCCCUUUUUGAAGACAGUGAGAGAAAAACAGCCGUCCAAACUCAGGAGAUGGUUUCUGUCGGACAACAACACAAGAUCCUGGAAGUGGACAUGUUUUACAUAAAGAGGAAACCUUUUUAUGGUGCGCUGAUUCAGACCUGAUGAGUGGGGAAAGUGAAGAGCUCACGCAGAAGGAUUUCCUCUGGAUUUAUUGUUUUCUGAAGUUUGUGUGAUAGACUUUGAGUCUCUUGAGGAAAGUCAGCAGGUGUUUUCUAUUAUUACCUCUCUUUGCUGAUGUGAAUGUGUAACCUAGAGAGCACUGUUGUUGAGGAGUGGGACCAAGACAAAAUAGACAGAGAGCUCAGUUGCGUGAGCCUGAGGCAGCGGGCGGAGACUGCAGUACGUCCCUCCAGGCGGGAGUCUGACUCGCACACUCACUCUGAGAGGCUCAGAUGAGGAGGAGAAAACCAGAGGGUGUGGCAAACUGAACAGACGACACUUCUCCACUGAGCCGCACACAUGAGCGCAGACUGUCACUCUGCCUGUCACUCAGAAGUGGUGGACUAAGACCUGAACCUGUCCUUCCUUCCUUCCUUCCUUCCUUCCUCUGCUGCUUUGCUCCUUUGCUGCUUCUUGAGGGCUGAUGAAGAGGAGGUAGCUCAUAUCGGAUCGGCCCUGGUUCUGUUCCAGUCAACAGGAUGCAUCUGGUUCUAGAGCCCAUUCAGGAGGCCAUGAUGAAGAUGAUACCCUACUUUGUGGAGAAUGCUGUCUUGACCCAGAGUGAGAUAAACCGCAUGUGAGUGAAGUCUGCUACGGAUGAGAUUUAGGAUCAAACAUCUGACUCUUGUUUAGGUUUCUGUCUCUUAAAUCAACAGAUGAUUCAUGGCUCUGACUCUAAAUCACUUGUAUAACGCUGGGACUUAAAUGUUGGCCGAGUUAUUUUGCAGCAGAUGUCAUGGUGUCAUGUCAGGCCAGCCGCCAGAUUUAGCACGUACAAAUGAGCUGAUGGACUUCAACAAACUAAUUCAUCAUGCUGCAUUGACUUAUGUCUGUUGAUCUGUGUCUGCAUUUUUUUUUAGUCUCUGAGCGCUGUAGGUUGUAAUAACACAGGAUCACCGAGGUUAUCUGCUGAGCUUUACUGUCGUAUUCUUCAGAAGCUUUGAUGGCAGAUGUAUUUUUAGCUCUGGUGUUUGUGGAGAAACUGAUAGCAGGGUGCUGCAGGGCAAGAGACAGUAGAGCUACGGCCGUUUAAUUAGGACGUCUGAGAACGGCGUGUAAAACAGCGGGACAGCCCUUGAUUUACGCAUGAGAACAAGUUUCACACAUCCUCAAGUUUCCUCUGAGAGCUGUCGGAGAUGUGAUGUCUUUUUUUUUGUAGAUGUUGUCAGGUAUCGCAGACCGGCAGGCUUGGGAUUGUGUGAACACAUCCAUAAUGAGGCUGUGGACCUCUUCUUCGUGCUCAUAUUAUACAUCAUUCUGUGACAGUAGACCCUCCUGACACCCUCAUAAAUCUGCAACAAAGAACAGACUGAAACAAAAAAAAAAAUCCACCAAAGUGAGACAAAAGCUCUCAUUGAGAAGUGUCCACCCUCGUGCUUUGUCACUAUGGAACUCGCUAUUUCUUUGGUGCUGCUGAGGGCGGCGGGAAUUUAUUGUGAGGUGUACAAAACGAGGUUCAUUGUUCAGAGAAAAUCGUCUGUUUAGCCCCGGCCUGCCCCUCUGUAUGUGGGUUUUGAAACUUACUGAGAGCCGAGUGAAGGAACAGUAAGAUUUGUCGUUAUUGGUCUCUACUUGAACUUGAACUUAAACCUCCAAAAUGUUCAUGUUGAUAAUGAAAACCGUCAUUUUCCAACAUGGCAGCACUGAUGUUUACAAAUGCAGAUAGAGUUUCGCUCUUUUGAGCUCAUUAUAGGCUAAGAUUACUAACAUCACACUCUCACGCUGCGCCUCUCGCUGUGUUUAAAGCAAGCGGCAGCCUCUCGUCUUGAGAAGUAAAGCUGAUGUAGAAGUGUUUAUAACUGCAGUUCCUCAAUUGUCCACAUAAAACUGUCCGCAAAAGCAACAAACUUUAUGCCUCUGUUUGAAAAAGCCCAACUUUAAAUGUCUGAUACUCAAAGACUAUUUGACUUAAACAGCUACGACUCUGUUAAAGGAGGUGAAGUUUUUGCAACGCAUUAGUUUUAAAGAUAUUAAGGUUAGAGAGGCUUUGCAUAAUCAGAAGCAGAGCUGACUUGACAGGCGCACGGUAGCCGUCGCCAAGGAGACUAAAAGCCGGCCUCAGCUCCACCUCUUCGCCUCUUGUUAGGAUGACCGAAAGUUCGGUCGAGUCAGCGUUUCCACCAGUGAGGCGAUUUCCUCUGAUAGGCUGAAAACAGCGGGUGACAUCACUGAUGUUUUAGACGGUCUCAGGUUUGGAGACAGGUUUUUCUUUGGUACCGGGUUUGGAUUUUGUCAGUCAUCACUUCCUUCAUUUCUUUUAUGAUGUUCUAGUUUGUCAGAAUAAACGCUGCAUGUGUUUCAUCCUGCUGUCAGGUACAUUUAUAAACACACUCAGGUUGUUUUUGAGUGAAAUGUAAUGAUUGAAUUCAGCCUGGAGGGAAAACCUCACUUCCUGCUCUUUAUUGCAGUCACUUAUGUAAUAUGUUGACAGCUCCAAAGCCUUACCCCUGUUUAAAAAAAAAACAUCCCUUUCUAAUUGUAGGCGUGAACUGCUAAUUGCUGCUUUUGUUCAUUGUAAACAAACAUCUGCUGUUAGGUUGGUUAUUCAAGUCUGUGCGCUUGACACAGAGACCUGAUGAAUGCGGCCCAGACCGAAUCAGAAUCAGAGCUUUGAUUUAUAGCUGCUGCAGACCCGAGCUCCUCUUCUGUAACGUGGCCACUGACUUCUUCCACUCAUCUGCUGAGAUAAUUCACAGGCAGCAGGAAACCAUGAUUUACGCUCACUUUGUCGGCUGCGCUGAGCUGAACUGCUGAAUCUUUUAUUUAUCUUCCAUUUACUUUCUCAUCAACAAAUAAACAAACCGGCUCUAAUGUGCUGAGCUGUCCCUCUGCAGCAGCGUGUCUGAUGUGCAGCAUCCGUGUUCGACCGCCUCUAACCUCUUACUUCCAUCUGCUCUGCAGCCUGAGCGAGAGCUUCUUCAUGGUGAAGGGUGCUGCCCUCUUCCUGCAGCAGGGGAGCAGCCAACAGGGUCAGAAAGCACAUCCUCACCACAAACAUGCAGGUAAGAAGAACCCCGUCUACUCAAACUGUGUGCUCACAUGAACCUCUUUCUAGGGUUGGGAGAAAAAAAUCGAUACAGCAUAGUAUCGUGAUAUUUUGUCUGGUGAUAUAUCGUAUUGUCACAUCUACUAAGUAAUGUUUUUUUAAAUUAAUUGCUAAUUUAAAGUCAAAUCUAUGAUAAUGGAGAAAUAAAAACAACACUUUGUCCAGUGAGGUUGGCAGAGGUAACAUCAUAGAGCAGGAGGAAGUUAGUGCAACAAAUAUACAGUAUAUAAGGUUUGCAAGAAUAAAAUACAGCGUAAUAAGACAAACGUAAAUAGGGAUUGGAAUAGAGAACCAGUUCUUGUUGAGAACCAGUUUCAAAUGGUUCAGUCCAUCGACAUCGUUUUCAUUUUAUCUUAACAAUUCCCCUAAAGAUUCCUUUCUUCCGGGUGACAGAAACGAAACAAAAAAUAGGCAGAAACGAUCUAAAGCGUGGCUCAAAAUUUUCCGCAUGACUCCGCCCUGCUUAGUAGUGUCCUCUUUUUGGGGACCCAGAAUAUGGUCACCCUAAUUUGACUUAAUACUGACCAAAGUAAGUGCUGUACAAAUAGUUUGCUGACUCUUACUGAAGGUGGCGUACAUCUUUUCUGUUAUUUUGAGUUAACAGUGAAAACCUACAGUCUACUUUUUUUAAAUCAAAGAAAGGCAUUGAUAAGGGAAUCAUUAAAGAAUUGAAUCGAUAAGCAGAAUCGAUAAUGGCAUCGAUAUCAAUAAAAUCUUAUCAAUUCCCAUCCUUAAACAAAGGGAAAGCCAAAUGCUAAAUUAAGCUAAAUAGAUGAAAAAAAUUGUAUAAAUCACAAUAUAUUGUAUCGCAAUACUCACUGUAUUGCAAAAUCUUAAAAAUUGCAAUAAUAUCGUAUCUUGGCCAAAGUAUCGGGAUAAUAUCGUAUCGAGGGGCCACAGGUGAUUCGCACCCCUACCUCUCUCUCACACUUUCCUCUUUCAGGUAAUGCGGUUUGUCACUGUCCCGCUCCUCUGCUUAAGCAGCUGUUCGUAGCUGAAGUGAGGAGGAUAGACGUGCCGUCUUGAUCAGCAUGUUCCAGACGUAUAGCUUAGGCAGAUUAAAGCUUAAAUCCACAGCAUGGUAGCUUUGUGAGCAAAACUUCUGUGGACGAUUAAAGGAAGCCCUGAGAUGUUUAGAUCACCUUGUGUGCCCCCCUUGUGUUCACUUUCCAGAGGGGUACGGCAGGUAAAUGUGAACUACUCUCCUAACACUCUUAACUGAAGUAACAAAACUAAAAGUCGGGUUACUUUUUAUAAGAAAAUCUAAGAAAGGAUCGUCUCCACACUCCGUAAUUAACAGGGAAUCAGUACGCGGUUAAUGAGCUCAUCUCAGAUCAGACUAUCGAGGUGACUGACAUUUCAGAGCGGUUGGAUGGGCUAAUCUUAUAUUCUUGACAUUUUAUUCAUCAUUUAGAUGUGGUUUGGUGGUUUAAACACAUUCAUCUGUUGUAUGAAAACCUCAGAACACACAUCCGCUUUACACAGAUUUUAAUAGAAGGCUUUCUUCUUCACUGCAAAAUGCCACAACCAUUGCUUUUACAACACGAGCCUGACCCCACGGUGCACUGGGAUAAUGGGAAAUCACCAACAAGCAACAGCAAACAAAUACUGCCAAGUCAUUUGGCCGCUCAGUUGGCAGCUUUGUCCGCCCUGUCAGGUAGACUACACAUUCGCCUGCUCUACUUUGCUUUCCAACAAAUUCCCCAGUUACUUUGUACAAGUCACACAGCUCACUUUGCUCUUCUGAAGCCAAAGAGCUCGGGAAGGUCGUCUCUGCUCUAUGUACUAAUUUUCUAUCACCAGUGUCCUCUGAAGCAUCGCCACCGACAGGAUUAAAUAUCAUGUGGAGACAAACAUGGCGCUACAGGAUAAAAACACUGUCAUCUAUGAGGCUUCACCAGAGACAUGAAAUGUAACUAUAAUUAUUAAAUCAUUAACUGUAGCUGCAUCUGACAGUCAGUCAUCUUUGUCAUGAGCUGAAGUGUGUCCUGUGAAGCCCACUAAUACAGGCCAAACAGAAGCUUAUCUCUAACCCGACAGUCUGUGGUGUCAGUCGAGGUUAUCAGCUGAACUUGUUUACACCCCUCAUCUCAACACAGACACAUGAUACAAACUCUCUGUUGAUGUAUUUAUGUGUCUGACUGUGAAUGACUUCUAUCCUGCAGAUGUUGUGAUUCAGAACAGAAGCCAGCUUGGCCGCCACAGGGCCGUGAACUCACUUGACUUUCCCUCUUUGAUCUAUUUGUAUUCAUAGUACUCAAGUUUUCUAUUCAAGAUUCGUUAUAUAUCAGUAUUCUAUUUAGGGUUUAUCUAUUUAUAUCUAUCUGUGUAUCUAUGCAUCUAUAUAUCGAUACAUCUAUCUAUGUAUCUCUACAUCUAUAUAUCUAUACAUCUAUCUAUUAUGUAUCUAUCUAUCUAUACAUACAUAUAUCUGUCUCUCUAUCUAUACAUCUAUACAUCUAUCUACUAUCUAUAUAUCUAUCUGUGUAUCUAUACAUCUAUCUAUUAUGUAUCUAACUAUGUAUACAUCUGUAUAUCUAUAUGUUAUCUAUCUAUUAUGUAUCUAUCUUUACAUCUGUAUAUCUAUCUUCUAUCUGUAUAUCUAUUUAUAUAUAUAUAUAUAUAUAUAUAUAUAUAUAUAUAUAUAUAUAUAUAUAUAUCUAACCAAAAGAUAGUUAUAAACUAUAUCACCUGAUUUUUGUCUUAACUGAAUGGCUCUCAGCAGGCGAACAUGUUCAAGUAUCCCUUAAUAACUCUUACUCUGUACAAAGUUGGAGCUUAAAUUUUUGAAUUUCUCCCUGUGGGACUAGUAAAUGAACACCUUAUCUUAAAGUUGCCUCCCCACAUGAUGAUCACUGUAAAGUUGUCCUUUCUUUAUCUAGUUUAACUUUGUAUUAUUAUGUAAUGUCUGAGGUCAACAUGGGAUGUAUGCACUUUCCCAAGCUUUUUACCAAAAACAGAUAUACAUAAAAACCUGAAAUGAGGUGAUCAGUGUCACCGUGAUUGACACUGAAAGGGACCUGCAUGUGCAACCGGGCUAUGAAUAGUCAGUCACUUUCAUUUCAUGUCAGAAGCUGUAAUUACAAUCAGGCGACCUGUUGUGACAUACUUCAACACAGUCAGCUUCUCCACCUGCUGCAACUUUGAAUAGCUGUUGUUCCACCUCCACACCCUGUUUUAUGAUCCAGCUCCACUGACACAUCUGACAUCAGAGCUGGCAGAGAGACAGAGAGAGCUUUUAUUGAACAAAGACAGGCUCUUGAAAUGUGGUUUUUGUGGUUGGAGUAAUUAACUUAUGUAAAGGUGAAAAAUGUGCUGUCGGUUCGUGUCGUAAUGGGACGCAUCAGCUUAUCAGAAAAAUGAAGGUGGUUCUGUUAUCGUCUCAAAGGACUCAUAGAGAAGGAGUUUAACUGAAUCAACAGGAGCAGAGUGACUUUUCUAAACUUCGAGCUGCACUUUUUACAUGAUGUAAAUCCAUUGUAUUUAUUACGAUCUCACUCAUAUUCCUAAUCAGUGUUGCCAAGGUAAAACAGGCUUUACUAUCAAUGGUUCUCAAAGACAGUAAGCCACUGUAAUUGACGAGUGAGAUGUUUUAACCCUGACAUCACCUCUCUCUCUCUCUCUAUGAUUCCCAUCAACAGGCGACUUACCUCAACACCUGCAGGUGAUGAUAAACAUUCUUCGCUCAGAGGACAGAAUCAAACUGGUGAGAGACAACACAAAUAUGCAUGCAUCCAAACAAAAACACGUACACACAUACAGACUUGUGACUAACAAGCUGGCAGCGAAAACCCCUCCAGAAUGCAUUUUAUUGUGUACUUAAGCAGCUUAUUUGUUCACUGUAAUUACUGGUUCAUGAGAGCAGGUUUGAAAGCACUCAGGAGAGCAUUACCAAAUGUUUCCAUGGUGCGGGAGCGAGAGUUAUUUCAUUUUAUGUUUACCAGCCCUAUGUUCGCUCACAUCCCGAGGACUCGCUCAUCCCAUUACUUCAAAUUUUGAGAGGCAGUUUUCUUUGCCCAGCCAGCUGUGACACUCGUGUUGGGCACAGAUUUCAGCAGCAGAGCCAGUGCAUCCACCUUUUAGAUCUCUGAGGCAUCUACUGUUAUGUGUGCAACAAGUGUUUUACUCUAAUAAAUGGAGCAUGAUACUCAUUCUGCCAUGAGAGACUAAUGAAACUAAUGAACUUUGGCUUGACACGAAUGUUAAGAUAGAUUUUGAUUUACUGUUUUUUUUAAAGCUUGUUUACUGCACUCUUAGAUAAAGUAUAAACAACUUAAAAAAGGGAAGUGAAAUUUCUUACUUUUGAUCAAGAUGUUCUGGUGUUUCAUUAGAAGUACAUUGUCUGUAAUGUGUCCAGGCGGUGCGUCUGGAGAGCGCAUGGUCAGAUCGUGUGCGGUACAUGGUGGUGGUGUACACCAGUGGGCGACAAGACACGGAGGAGAAUAUCCUACUGGGAAUCGACUUUACCAGCAAAGACUGGUAAGAGCAGACUCUCUCUUUGUGGGUGUUUAUGAUCAAAAAUUAAGUUUCAAUUCUAGAGUAAAUGGCAGGUGAUGAGCUGAAAUAAACAGCAUACAUGUUUAUGUUCUGGUCAGUCACAAAAUCUGAGUCCUUUUUGUCAAGAGAACUACAGACCAAUGAAUCACAUGUUUUUUCACUCACAGGUGUUUCAACAUUUUUAAUGUAGUAGACCUAAACACAGACGUCAUUGUUUAGAUUCAAACUCUCUUGAAGUAUCCUUAAAUAUAGCAGUGGUGGUGACAGAUUCCCAUGGUGGAAAAUCAUGUUCAUGUAACCGACUCGCAUUCAGGUCUAAACAAAGAAAAGUCUAUUUUUAUCCGAAAUCUUGGGUGUGUAAUUCUCUUCCCUUUGUUCCAGUAAAAGCUGUUCAAUCGGCAUGGUGCUACCUCUGUGGAGUGACACAAAGAUCCAUCUGGAUGGAGACGGGUGAGUCCUCUCCGUCAGUGUAGACAUCACAGCUGCAGCCCCUCACACAGCCAUGUCUCCUUAUCUGUACUUACACCACAUCAGUAGCUGGCAUUUGAGCACUAAACAUGAUAGACUCGGAGCAUCGCGGUGCUCAGCCAAUGACCAUCUGUGUUAUGUGCCUCCUCAGGGGCUUUACUGUGAACACGGCAGGCCGGACCCAUGUCUUUAAACCUGUGUCAGUGCAGGCUAUGUGGUGAGUAACUAACGACCUCAAAAAAGAGCUUCUUCAUGACACAGCACAAUAAAUCUCCUGAUAAACACAUGUGCCACUCUGCUGCUGCAGUGAGGUAAGUGGAGGCAGCAUUGACUCAGUCUGCCCCCUGCUGACACAAACAUGCAUGUGCAGAGAAUUGCAUUGAAUCUUAAAAACACAUAUAAUCGUUUUUACGGGACUCAAAAGUGUAACACUUAUUCACCCCAAUGACCACAAUGUAGGUCAGCCCUGCAGGUGCUGCACAAAGUAUGUGAGGUGUCAAGAAGGUAUAACUACUUCCCCGGGGGCAUGGCUCUUACUUGGAUGGGCUACUAUGAGAGCUGCAUCGCCUCAGACCAGAGCUGCAUCAACGAGUGGAACGCCAUGAAGGACCUGGAGACCACCCGGCCGGACUCGCCCACCAUGUUUGUUGACAAGUCAGUAAACACAGAAGUAAACCGGUGUCAUACAUGUUAUUGAUAAAAGCUUUACGGUUCAGGAGCGGUUGUUGUGCGAGUGCUGAUGUUUGUAUGAUCGUGUCCUCGGUAGGCCUUCAGAACGAGAGAGGACAGAGUGCCUUAUCAAAGCCAAACUCAGAAGCAUAAUGACGUGCCAGGACCUGGAGAACGUCACCUGCAAACAGGUAAGUUUACUACAGCACACAAACACACACAGAAAAGAAACAAAACCUCAGCUUUGUGUUAUUGUAUCAUAAGUGGUUGCAGUAACUUCUCAUUUUGUUGAAAAAGUACAUUAUGCAUAUGUUUUUUUUUUAGAUGUAACAGUGAUUUAUGUAUGACAGAAUUUCUCAAACUUCUGUAACUCUUAAACUGUUACAUAUAUUUUGUGGCUGCAAAUGCAAACCCAAAAGUAUCACCCACCCAAACUUUGAUACUGUUGUUUUUAAAUCCUUUUUGAACCGUUCAUCUCUUGUUCUGUGUGAUUGACAAAAAUCAACAAAUUCAGUGAAAUUUUCUUUGGCAGAUACGCACAGAGUUGGAACAACACAUGAGCUGUAACCUGAAAGAGUACAAGGAGUUCAUUGACAAUGAAAUGCUGCUGAUCCUGGGCCAGAUGGACAAAGCCACUCUCAUCUUUGACCAUGUCUACCUGGUGAGACAACUGAUACCGUCUCUUAAAUGUCUGUUACAUCUGACGUUUCUUGUGAAUAACUCCAGGAUAAAAAGGCUCUCUUUAGUUUCCGCCUGAAAUGAUUGUUUUUAGAGAAAGAACAAGCUCACUGAGACUUGAAUCCAUCUAAACAGUGUUUUGCUUUAUUUGUUUGCAGGGAUCAGAGUGGAAUGCGUCUAAUUUGGAGGAGCUGCAGGAGACAGGGUGAUUUAUUUCAUGUUAUGGAGGAGCUAAGAUAACCGCACAUAAAACAACAUUUUCAUUAUGAUUCGAGCGAGAAAGAAUGUUGAUGAUGACGGGUUACAUUAUCCUUCCUCCCCAGGGUCAGCUAUAUCCUCAACGUUACCCGGGAGAUAGACAACUUCUUUCCAGGCACAUUCAAUUAUCACAACAUACGCGUCUAUGACGAAGACGCCACUGACCUCCUGGCUCAUUGGAAUGACACGUACAACUUUAUUGUUAAAGCAAAGUAAGUCCUGAGUUCAAUAGAAAUCAUGUUCGAUUUCGUGUCAUGUUCGUCACUAGUAUUGGGCGGUAUGAACAAAAUCUUAAAUCACGGUAUAGGUAAUUUCAUAUCACAGUAUGUUUUUCCCCCUGUAAAUUUAAUUAUUGGCUUAAAAGUAACCAAACUGUCGCAUUUGUUCCUUUUCCUUUAAUUUUUAAACUUGGAUUUGCUUACAAAUACAAACAAAAUGUCAGACCAGUCUGGCAUUUUUUUUUCUCGUAUGGCGUAACUUUGGUGAAAGACUGUUUUGCUUGAGAGGAGCUGCUCCAGCUUUAGUUUUUAGUGCAGUGGGUGCGCCACAUGUCUUAGUUCUCAUAAUAGUUUGGCGUGUUUCAUCUUUUAAGUGGUGUAAAAGGUUGUUGGUGAUUCCACCUCCAGCAACGACAGCCACACACACUCUUUGUUUUUUGUUUUUUGAUCAUUGUCGGAUUUUCUAAAUCUCAAGAAUCUCCAGACAACCGAUGUCGCGACUCGCGCCCUUUUUCAGAACGAGUUCCUCCUCCUCUUCAUCGUGUUGGGUGGGUCGGGCUGCCUCCAUUUGCCUGGUGCUGCAACUAAUCUCUGACACGCUGGUGAACCUACGGAAACGCACCCAAACAGAUGCACUCCAGCUUUCCUGUGAGCGAGCACAGACAACUACAAACUGACUCAGAGAGAUGCAGCAGACGUCUGCUCUCUCUCUCUCCGGUGUAAACAGUAUAGCCAAAUUUCUACCGGUAAACACUUUAAUACCAUCAGAAGUAUAUACUGUAAUACCGACUACUCGUCACUGUGGACUCUCUUAGUGUAUCAGUUACAUUUGAGCUCAAUUCUACUCCAUAUUUGGGAGUUCUUUAUUCAAUCUGGUAUCUUUUCUCAUAUCUGGUUCCCCUAAAAAGCUCAUUUUUAUUCGAAUGUCUUUCAUCGUCUUUAGGAAGAACCACUCCAAGUGUCUCGUUCACUGCAAGAUGGGUGUCAGUCGGUCUGCUUCUACUGUCAUCGCUUACGCCAUGAAGGAGUUUGGCUGGUCGCUGGAGAAGGCUUACAACUUUGUCAAGCAGAAGAGGAGCAUCACACGACCGAACGCAGGCUUCAUGAGACAGCUGGCUGAGUAUGAAGGCAUCUUAGACGCUAGGUACGACAGAUUUUUAAACACAAAUGUGUGUGGUGUUGUUUGCUAGUCGGGAAUGAUAUGCCGAGAGUGAUUUCUGUUUCCCUCCUCACUUUCUGUUUCCAGUAAACAACGUCACAACAAGCUGUGGCAUCCAGAUGCUGACUGUGAGAUGGUUGAGGGGCAGCAGGGGCUGCAGUGUUGUGGCGGGGAGGAGGGAGGUCACCUGACGCCCGAGCCGGGGAUGUCUCCAUGCUGUGAGGAGGUGCUCUCUGAUAAGGGGGCCGCCUGUCCCUCCCCCCGUAGGACUGUAGCGCUUGAGAUCGACCCUGCUUACAACAAUUACUAUUUCCGCCGGCUAUCUGACUCUGCACUGGACAGUGAACCGUCAACUCCCGUGCGCGGCCCUCCCCUCAUCGGCAUGGAGAAAGUCUUCAUUGAAAUCGAGGAUGUGGAGCGGGACGCCCUGCUGGAUGACGAGGCUUUUGACGGCCGCGAGGGCCUCCCUCUUCCUCACUUUGGGCCGACAGCAGAGGGAACCGCUGCUCAGACAUGCUCUCGGGGGCCCGAGCCGCUAGAAGAGCUGCGUCUUAGGCUAGAGUUCAGCACAGUGGAGGAGGAGGACGAGGAGGAGGUCCAAAAGGAGGAGGCAGAGAUGGAAGUACUCAUGCAACCAGACGAUGGAGGGGGCGGGGAAGCAGGCGGAGGAGAGGAAACACAAGACGUGGAGGUGGAGGGGGACGCAGACGGCAACGGGAUGGAUCUGGCAACCCUGAAUGAAAACUCUAACAAUAACAACCACAUGCUGACUCCAAAUAACCUUAAGGUUUGUGUCAAAAUGUAUUUAUUUUUCAAACGUGUGACACAAGAAAAUAAACUGAAAACAAACAAAUAAAACCAAUGAGAAUAUUCAAAACAACAAUAACAAUAAUCAAAGCAAAUAAUAAAUAAAAAUAAAAUAAAAAAAUACUAAUAAUAAUAUCGUGAACCCAAAGUGCGAUAAGGAGUAGGAUGAAGCAUUAUCCUCGUCGUUUUCUUCCGUUUAUCCGGGUCCAAGUCGCAGGGGCUGCAGCUUCAAGGAAGCCCAGACGGCCCUCACCCCAGCCACUUCCACCAGCUCCUCGGGGGAUUAUGAGGCGCUCCCACACCAGGCGAGAGAUAUAAUCCCUCCACCUGGUCCUGGGCCGGCCAUGAGGUCUCCUCCCGGUUGGACGUGUCCGGAACACCUCUAACGGGAGGCGUCCAGAAGGCAUCCUAACCAGAUGCCCGAGCCACCUCAGCUGACUCCUCUCGACGUGGAGGAGCAGCGGUUCUACUCUGAGCGCCUCCCGAGUGUUUCUAAGGCUGAGCCCGGCCACCCUGCGAGGGAAACCCAUUUCGGCCGCUUGUAUCCGCGAUCUUGUUCUUUCAGUCAUUACCCACCUACUCCUUAUCCUCCACUCAAUAAACAGUCUCCAACAUAUUUACAUUAUAUUCACAAAAAAUCGAACAUAAAUCGAGUAAAUAAGUACACAGAUCAUGUAUGAAAAUGCCCACUUUAACCUUGAAUAAUCCCUUUUUAUGAUUAUUACCUUGUUCCUUCUGACGCUUUGUCUCUUCUCUCUUUAGGAAGAAGCUGCCCCCGCCCCCUCCUCCAGGACCAAGCAAAAAGAAGACUCUCCACCCCUCGUUUUGAAGCUUUGCCUUAAUCCCAGUCCUUCUGAAGUCCCAAGUGCUUCACACCCACUGCCCCAUCCCUCUUCUCAAUGCCUAAAGUCUUCAGUUGUAGUGCUGCACCCGUGUGGCCCUCUUUGUGACUGUGCCAACUGUGCUGCCUCCCCUCCUAAAGCUCCACUCGACAGAGACGAGAAGCCGGUAGACCCGCCGCAUUUAAUGGAGCUGAAGGGCAACGGCGAUUUAGUCCAAGUGAAGACUGAUAGUGUAAUAAAUCAACCUGCUGCUGCCUUUGAGGUUGUCCCCGAGUUAGUUAGCAUGGAUUCACAGGAGGAGAAACAAGGUGUGGCUUGCUACAUCGGCCAACAGCAGGAGACCCUUUCUCAGCUGCAGCGGUCUGGGCUGGUUCGCCGCCGUGCAGAGAGACUCGAGAGACUUUCAGGUUUAUCGAAGGAGAGCCUGCACUUUCUGAAGCCUUUGCACGAAUGCCAAAAGUCUAAGAACAGCCCCUUUCACCCUGAAGAGGAAGAGGAGUUUCCCAGCAUUACCGCCGGAGACUUCCCCAAAUCUUCCACGCCAUGCCAAGUGCGGUUAGAGCCUCUGGUGGUGCCACUGACCAAUGAAGCCUUGUUGGGGGUGGUGGGCUCUGGGUUGCUCACACCCACCUCCUCGCCCCACGGCUCCACACUGACACGCAGCUCCAGCAGCGACAGCCUGCGCAGCGUGAGGGGGAAACCCGGCCUUGUGCGUCAGAGGGCGCAGGAGAUCGAGACCCGCAUGCGUCUGGCGGGCCUGACCGUGCCCUCGAGGCUUAAGAGGUCCAACUCGCUGGCCAAGUUGGGCAGCCUCAACUUCUCCUCAGAGGACCUGUACUCAGCCUGCUCCUCGGACGCAGGAACACUGCUGCUCCUCUCACUGUCCCCAGAGCCAGACCCCGGCCCAGAGUGGGACUCCCCAAACACACACGCUCUGCCCAGGCCCUGCAAGGACCUGCACACUCCAGAGAGAGCGCUUCCAGGUGAGCCCCGAAGCUGACACACUAUGGAGCGGUUGUGUAAACCCCACGCUUCGCUUCAUCCUGUGGGGCCGGAGAGUCGUGUCCAAUGAAACGAGUGAAAACAGAAAAACAAUGCCAAUCGUUCCGAGGAGUGCAAUCUCUCCUCUGCCACAUUGUUCUUUAAACUGCUGUUCACAGUGAUGAUAGUCAUAUUGCUGUAUCUGUGUAAGCCAUCAGUUCACCUCUAACUUGGUUUGAUUCAUGGACAAACAAGUGCCUUACCUACGAGACCAGAGGCACAGAGCUGUGUUAGACUGCAGAAUUAAGACAGUACAAGACCCUCUUAUAACCUUUAAUUCACAGCCAGUAGUACCUGAGAAGUACCAAAUCAUAAAAUCUGUGGGCACCUAGAUUAUUUUUACCCGUCUGCUCCAAAGUGAUUGUCUACAUGGAUGAACUUGAGCUUUGACAGAGGGCCAAGUGUUCAUAAAUGUAGAGUUGUUAACCACAAAGUCUAUCUGCUAUAGAUGCUGGAGGGUUGUAAAUCGAACGGUUACCUCAUGUUUGCAUUCAUGGAGCUCUUUCCCAGAUGAACACCUGGCUAGACUUAAGUUUACUUCAUUCAAGGAAAUCAGUUUUGAACUCACUUUAAUGCAGAGGUGUGUGUUUAUGCAUUAACAAAGCGUAACUUGAUGUGAGUUUGUGAGUGAGUGAAUGGUGUGUAAUAAAGAGAGCGGAGGUUGUGACUUUGUUAAGCCAGAGGCUUGCUCACUGUUUCAACAAACAGAACAAAACAUUUCAGAGUUUGUUCUUACUUUGCACUGUUUUUUUCUUUUUUUUUAUUGAGUGAAUACUGGUACACACAAGCUAUCUUCCAAAAUAACAUUAGUGUAAUGUUAUUGACCUCAUCAUUCCCUACUGUGUUGCUGGGAGAGCAGAGUGAGGAGUCAUGCUGCAUGGCUUGAAAUCAUAAUACAAACGCCUAUUGUGACAGACGCUGAGAAUUUUAUGGCGCUCGAGUCGUAUAAAUAAGAGAAGAUUUGUUCCCACGCUAACUUUAUGAAAAGAAAACGUUCAACAUUUCGCUUAUGGAACUUGACCUUAAAACAGCUCUCAAGGGUUGCCAACAUGUUCAACUCAUUUGUGCUUUUUUGAAAAUGUGAAAGACCAAAGUUCUUUGGCUGUCUUGACUAAUUGGAAACACCAUUGAAGCUGUACAAAAUGUGUGAACCAUUAUUUCAAUCGUGUGAGUAUUUAAUGCUGUCACAUCAUUUUUGCACCUUUUUGGGAGAAACCAGAGCGACUCAGUGAAGUCAUCAGGCUCAUAGCUGUUAAGCUUUCUACGCUCAUAUCAUCAGUGAGUCGGAAAGCUUCCUGUCACAGACGUGACAACGAUCACACAACAGGUUACUUCACCGUUUGUAACCUUUUUCUUUUUAUAUUUAAGUAUGCAGUAACUUUUGUACUGUACAUUGCUGUAGUUUGAAUGCAUAUUGCACUUUUUAUGUUGGUCAAAAUAAUGUACUGUAUGUGUUCAUUAUGGAAAUAAACAUUUCUUUACAUAAUA